AUGGGGCUGCGCUGGUGGGUCCUGGUGUGUGGGGCUGUGCUGGAGGUGGCAGGAACCACCACGGCUCCAGCUGCUUCAGCAUCUUCCAGUCACACUGUGGUGGCUCCAGUCGUGUCCUCAGGGAUGGGGACAACAGGGGCUGUGGCCCCAGUGCUUGCUGCUGCCAGCGUGCCUGGUGGGACUCCUGCUCGCAGCCACUUUGAAGAGCCUGUCAUGAACUUCACCUUCAGGCUCCUGGAUGGAGGGUGCUGGAGCUCUGGAGAGCAGGCAGGGAACCUGGACCAGGGUGGCAGAGCUGGGACAGCUCUUGGCUUCCAGGGACAGGGGUGGACUCUGGAGCUGCAAGGAGAGGACCCCAGUGCCGUGAAGAAGCCGCUGGUGGUCAGCCCUGGCUCCAUCAUCCACCUGGAGGCCAGGGUUGACUUUGGUUCUGGCAUCUCCCUGAAGAUCUAUGUGGACCAGUGCUAUGGGAGCAGCUCAGAGCAACAGGGACACUCCAGGAGGGUCUUCAUGGUGGUGAACAGCCAAGGGUGCUUGCAGGGGCAGAAGCUGGGGACUGUGUCCAUCCAGCACCAAAGAGGAGGGUCUGUCCUCCAGCUCUCCAUCCCAGCCCCCAUGCUGGAAGAACCCCAGGAGGAGCAGGUCUAUGUGCACUGCCUGCUGAUGGCACAGGGACACGGAGCCAGGUCCUGCUUCUACAGCCAAGCCACGGGCAGCUGGCACGACACAGAGGACCCUGCCCGGAGCACCCUGUGCCACUGCUGUGCCACAGCCUGUCCCCCUGGUGACACCCUCCCUACGCAACUGCCAGGCUUCCCAGGAGAGGGGACACUCCGCUGGGUGACAGCUGGACCGUUGCUGGUGCAGAAGGAGAAGGUGCCACGGGAUGAAGCACCGUGCCACCUGGAGAAGAGGUUCCUGCUGGCUGGGCUGGUCCUGGUGGGCAGCGUCCUGGUGGCAGCCGCUCUGCUGGGGGGUCUGCUGGGGCUGGCCUUGGCCACCUGGCGCCCGGGCAGGGGGCAGCGGGGACACCGGCGGCGCCAACAGCCCCCCUUCCACGCUGAGCUGCAGAGCGUGGUCAGGGCCCUGGUCCCCAGGGAGCCAGAGCUGGGUCCUGACCACCACAGCCUGGUGCAGGACUCGGCGUGA